ACCAAAUACGGGAGCAGUGCCGGCAAUGUGGAAGUGGAUGGUGGUCCUCUCAGUGUUUUUGGGUUGCUUUGUCUCUGUAAAAUGGGUGCUGAAGAGAGUGAAUGGGUGGGUGUACAAGACCAACUUGGGGGAUAAGCGGUACUCUUUGCCGCCGGGAGAUUUGGGGUGGCCUUUUAUUGGCAACAUGUGGUCGUUUCUCCGAGCUUUCUGGUCCAAUGAUCCCGAUUCCUUCAUCCAUUCCUUCGUUUCCAGAUUUGGACACACUGGAAUCUACAAGGCAUUCAUGUUCGGUAACCAAAGUGUGAUCGUUACAAUGCCCGAAACGUGUAAAAGAGUGUUAAAUGACGAUGACGCAUUUAAGCCAGGAUGGCCUACUUCAGCUGUGGAGCUCAUCGGGAAGAAAUCAUUCAUCGGAAUUUCAUACAAAGAACACAAGCGUCUCCGCCGCUUAACGGCGGCUUCCAUCAACGGCCACGAAGCACUGUCCUUUCACAUCCCAUACAUGGAAGAGAAGGUUAUAUCCGCGUUGCAGAAAUGGACAGAAAUGGGAGAAAUCGAAUUCUUGACUCAUCUCCGGAUGCUCACUUUCAGGAUAAUAAUGCAUAUUUUUCUCAGCUCCGAAAGCGCAGAGGUGAUGGAAGCCUUGGAGAAGGAAUACACCGCUCUCAACUUUGGAGUUAGAUCCAUGGCGAUCAAUGCCCCUGGAUUUGCUUACUAUAAGGCCCUCAAGGCUCGGAGAAGGCUUGUGGCUGUAUUCCAAUCCGCGGUGAACGAGCGAAGAAAGGAGCGGAGAGCAAAUGGGUCAUUGAAGAAGAAAGACAUGUUGGAUGCGUUGAUGGAGGUUAAAGACGAGAAAGGUGAACCGUUGGAUGACGAGGAAAUCAUUGACGUUAUGUUGAUGUAUCUGAAUGCAGGCCAUGAAUCUUCUGUCCAUACAACCAUGUGGGCUACUAUUUUCCUCCAACAACACCCUGAAUUCCUGGCAAAAGCAAAGGCAGAGCAAGAAAGGACCGUGAAAGAAAGAUCCCCUACCAAAGAGGGGCUAAGCCUUGUGGAAUUUAGAGAAAUGACGUGUCUUUCAAAGGUGAUUGAUGAAACACUUCGGUUGAUAACGUUUUCAGUAACAGUCUUUGGUGAAGCAUUAACGGAUGUUCAUAUAAAAGGUUAUGUGAUUCCCAAGGGAUGGAAAAUUCUAGUAUGGUUCAGAAGCAUUCACUUGGAUCCUGACAUUUACCCAAAUCCAAAAGAAUUCAAUCCUUCUCGUUGGGAUGAUUAUACGGGCAGGGCAAAUACAUUUCUUCCCUUUGGAGCGGGAAGCAGACUGUGCCCUGGAAAUGAUCUUGCCAAACUUGAAAUCGCUAUUUUCCUUCAUCAUUUUCUCCUUAACUAUCGGCUGGAGCGGGUUAACCCUGAAAGUCGGGUUCGGUAUCUACCACAUACAAGACCCGCUGAUAAUUGCUUGGCAAGAAUCAAAAGACUCACGCCCAAUCAAUAUUAGAUGUAGUGUGUGAUUUACUAUGUAUUUUUAUCGAAACUACGGUCCUCUUUAAAUUUUUUGUAAAAGAAA